AGCAUAGCUUAUGGCAAUUUAUUUAAAUGAGAGAAGACAUUCUGGUUGUUUAGAAGAACAGAUGUAAACAAAUGAGAUAUGUUGCGCUCUUUUUCUCACAAAUUAUAUCUAUGGUUCUGUUUCUGUUUAACUUUGUCAAGUUAACUCUAGCAAUAGAAGAUAGAACUGCAAAAGUAUUUGCAAAAGUGUCACCUAGGAGUAAAACACAUUUAGGAGACAAAUGUAACCUCUGAAAAAAUAGCCAGAUUAUGUUCCAUUUUCUUUUUUACAAACUAUUGGUACUCUAACCACAUGGUUCUUUUCAUCCAAGCCGGGGGGCCCCAGUGGGAAAACUGCUCUCCAGUAAGCAUCUGUGGCCCACUCCAUGGUAACGGCUCAGUCUCCACGUCAGACUGCAGAUCAGGUCCUACAGCAGUCAAGCUGACAGAAACCGUUGAGGUGUCCAGGCUCUGCUCCACUCCAGAGGACAGAAACCGACAGGGCAGAGAAACGGUAGAACGACGAAAUCGGAAGUAUGCAAUAGUGAACAUCUCGAGUGCUUCCGGAUAUUUGAACCAACCAGCCGCCUAAGUUCAAAACACACUUCGGCCGUACGGGGUUUGCAGUAAUGGCAACGAAAGAAAAGUCUACUGGACGUCUUCCAAAAAACAAAAACGAGACGUUUGAUAUAUCUAGUAUCGCUUCCAGCGCAGUGGAAGAAAAACUCUUCGGCCGAGCGGAUAAAGAAGCAGAGGAAGACGAUGACGGGCCCGUGGUUUUCAUCUGUAAGAAGUGCAGGCUGCCUGUUGGAGAUUCAAUGUCCUGGGAUGGAAGUGAAGAGGACCAGAAGCAAAUUAAACUAAAGCGGGUUACCAACAACGUUAUCAUUGGAAAGGACAGUCACCUCUUUGAAGUGAACAAACAAUCAGUUUGCCUGGUUGUGGAUCUCAUCUGUUGCUGCUGCCAGUCGGUGCUUGGCAUGGUCUACACAGCUACGCCCAGCAACCUGGACCACAAUAGGUUCAUUUUCUAUCUGAGUGUAGCCAGCAUCGACAGCUAUGUGCUCGGCUCUGGAGGCCAGAUGUUGGCAGCAGAGGGCCCCAAAGAGCAGCUGGUAACACUGGAGUACAGGCACAAUGUUGAACAACAGUUGACAGAGAUGAAAAUGCUUGUUGUGUCCAUGGCACAGCAGCUGGACGAGAUCAAAGCCGACCUUAAGAAGGGAUGGGAUGAGCCUUGACAACGAUGGGCGUCAAGUCGUCUGUGAUGCUGUUUAUUUCCAGGAGAACAUUUUGUCCCAGUUACACCUUGUUCACAUGAACGUAAAGCUGCACACACAUACUCACACCAUCUACUGGGCUUUGUCCUAAAAACCAGCGGUGAAACAAAGACUGCCUGCUCUUGUAAUCAAUCAUCUUGCCACCUCGGCUCCUUGCGGCUUGCAGCGUCUGCUCUGGGGGUCCAGUGCAGAAUAAAUGUGUGCCAUGAGCAGAAUGUUUAUUUGUGCAGGAUGUUAUCAGCCGGGCUGCACACUCAGCACAAUGCGGUAUUGAUCUGACCACUUGAGGCCACACACUCUUCGUCUCCUCUUUGUUCUGUUCCUCGAGUUUGUAGCGUUUUUAGGCUUGCAGAUUUACCGAGGAUGUUUUGUUUGUCAUUAAAGCAGAAAGAGAUCAUAAUAAAAUAAUUUGUAUAGCACCUUUUUCAUUUAGUGCAUUGUCUCGUUGUUGUUUUUAAGCUUCUUUGGUUGUGCAGCUGUUCUUGUGUAAUAAAAGUUUUGCUAACUACAAGUGACAAACCAAA